UUCUCACAACAAAAAGUUGGUAUCGAGGCCGCCGAAUAGGCAUCGCAGGCAUCACAUGGUGGAAAACAUUCAAUCAGUCACCAAGAUAUACAAUUAAUACCCACAAUAAAGGACACGCGUCAUAACUAUAAACAUAACUAUGCCACGCACACCAUCAACCUUACCUUUAAACUCACAUAAACCUGCCAUUUGUCCACCGUUUCCACCGCUUUAUCCAAUCUUAUCUUCCUGCUUCUUCCCUUUCUUCUCGUCCCAAUUUCACUGCUUAUGUUUCCCCUCAAUACCCAUUUCCAAAAUUCCGAUCUUUGAUGAUCCGGUCAAUUACCAAAGUAGCUGCACAGAAUGUCAGGCGGUGUUGGUCCAACUGGCUGUGACAUUAGCCUACCAAAAGAACAAGAAGUUAAUCACAAAGAACAGCAAGACCAUACAGUCAAGAAUGUCCACAAACCCAUCACCACGCCACUCAAGGCAGGCUUCCUCUCUUUCCGCCAACUGAAUUGCUUGGCUUUGGUGAUUGUUUUAUCUUCCAGUGGCAUGGUUAGCCUUGAAAACUUUGCUUUUGUGGUCUUCUCCAUAGUUUACAUGUACUUCAUGUCAAAGGUUGCUUUCCCAUCUCUUCACUCAUCAAAGGAACCCUUAGUCUUCAACCCACAAAACAAGAUCCUUCGCCUUUAUGUGUUCAUAGGAGCCAUCAUUGGACUUUAUGCACCAAUAGCUUAUAUCUUACAGGGAAUAUUUGAGGGAGAUAAGGAAGGGAUCAAAGCUGCUGCACCCCAUGUUUUUCUCUUGGCCUGCCAAGUUUUCAUGGAAGGGGUGGCAUUCUCUGGCAGGUUCUCAACUCCAAUAAGAGCUUUUGUGCCUGUCUUUUACAAUUCAAGGAGGAUUUUCACCAUUGUGGAUUGGCUUAGGAGCGAGAUAUACAAAGAGCACAGUGGGUCUGAAUGGAGGAUCUAUGUUGGGAGAGCACUUGCUGUAGCUAAUAUGGCCUUCUGGUGUUUCAAUUUGUUUGGAUUUCUGUUGCCUGUUUAUCUUCCAAAAGUUUUUAAGUUGUAUUACUCUGGCCACAAAGAGGAUGACUGAUCAAGGAGGGUUGUUAAUGUUUUCAUAGAGUAUCAUGUAAUUUUCUUUUCAUGUGUAAGUUUAGGGUUUAGGGUUUUGGCCCUAAUGUUUACUCCCUUCUCGGUGUGGCAUAUUAUAUUUUGUUGUUUGUUAAUAUUUUGAUACAGUAUCAUGUAAUUUUCUUUUCAUGUGUAAGUUUUGAACAAUGAGUUACUGUAGGUUUUGGCCGUAAUGUUUACUCCCUCUUCGGUGUGGCAUAUUA